AUGUACAACUUUCCCGGAGGACAGUAUGGUCGGCCGCCGGGCUACGGCGCCUUUCCAGGCGCUCAAGGCGCGCCGCCAGGCAUGGCACCGCCGCCGGGAAUGGGCCCGCCUCCAGGAGCCAUGCCAGCUCCCGGUGUUACCCCUCCCCCCGGCAUCCAGCAGUCGCAGUCGCCGCUGCCCGCUCGCCCGGGCAACCUGCCCCCGAACUUCGCUCCACCAGCUGGAAUGCCGAACAUCAACUUCAACGCCCCCGUCAUUCGUUUGGGCACGACCGGACCAAGCGCAAAGGGAGAUGAUCGCAAGGGGGGAGGCGAGUCCACCUCCGGGGGCCCCAGACGUGCCGGGCUGGGCAGCGACUAUCGCGGCUCGGAUUCGCGGGCACAGCAGCGCGAGUCGAUGAUGUCGCUGCAGCCUCCCACACGAGAGGAAAUUGCACGCACCAUUUUUGUCAGCAACAUCACAGAGGGAAUCGGCAGCGAUGAGGGGUUGGAGAGGAUUUUGCGCUGUGCGGGCAGCCUGCGCCGGUGGACGAGAGCAACGGACGCGGACAACAAGCCUUGUAAGUUCGGCUUCGCUGAGUUUGAGGACGCCGAGAGCUUGGAAACAGCCGCCGCCAUAUUCCAAGAUGGCAUUGAGGUGCCGGCCAAGAAACAGGAGCCUGGCAAGGGUGAAGACGAGGAGGUCGAGAUGGCACGACUUUUGGUCGUUGUCGAUGAGGCUUCCAUGAAGUAUGCCGAGGAGUGGAAAGGCAAGCGUGAUGAGGACGAGGCGGCCUCCCAAUUUCGCGUCGAUACUGCUAAGGACGCUCUCACAGGUGUCCUGGCCAGUCUCAAGAACCCUCGCGAGAAAAUCGCCGAGGAUGCGGAUGGAGAUGUAAGUAUGGCGGGCGCUGAGACAAAGGUGGACGGCGCAACUGGCGAAGUUGUCACCAUCCCUCUGACCGUCGAGGACGAGCUUUCGGACAUUCCACCCGAGAUGCGCGAAACUGUUGCAGCAGAAAUUGCGGCUUUCCGUGACAGGAGCGUUCGUAGGGACUUGGAACGUCUGGCACGCGAGGAAGAGAUUGAAAAGCUCGAACGCCAGAAGAGUUCGGGAGCUCGCUACAACCGUCUUGCCUCACCGCCUGCUUCAGCCCCUAGCGGUCCUGCCGGCGGAGCCAACGGCAUCCCUCUUGGUCCUAGCAAGCGCGGUGUUGAAGGUGCCCCCAGUGGCCCGAAAGCCUUCCAGGGGGCUCAGAUCCCCAAGGACUACCAGAAUGGCGUCGCUUUCGUUGGCGGCGGUACAAUCUCCGUCAGGGACAUGGCCAAUUGCCCGUAUAUUAAUCGACCCGACGAGGAUGAUUCGGCGAGUGACGAGGAGUUGGAGCAGCGCCGUAGGAAGAAGAAGGAGGAGGAAGAAGAAAGGGCAUACCUUGAGUACGAUCGUCGUUGGGUGAGCCGCGAAACCUCUCGCGCCUCUGCGCUGGAGCGUGAGGAGGCACGUGAGAAGAAGGAGGCGGCCACGCGUGAGGCGGAGAUCGAGGCGAUGCGCAAAAGGUUGGCUGAGUGGGAUGACGACGCCGAGGCAACCCGCCGCACCGAGGAGUACUACGCGGACAGAACCAUGUGGCUACGUAACAGAUCUGCUUUCCGUGCGCGCGAGGCUACUGCGGACGACAAGGAUCGCAGCGCGGAGGAACGCGAGAAGCAGAAGGAAAAGGAGAAGAGCCAGGAAGCUCGCGACUUGGCCGACUCGUUCCUCUCCCAGACGGCAAAGGAUAUCGCGGACCGCAACACGCCCACGACCCCCCGCGAGCCGGCGCGCUUCAAAAUGUCUCUUGGUGCCGCAGCAUCGCAGCGCGCACAGCAGGCAGCGCCACGUCGUACCGCUGCCGAAGUCGAGGGCCUGCUCGAAGACGAAGAGGACGCGGCGGCUGCCAACGCGCAGCCUCGCAAACUUAUUCCCAUCAAGUUCGACAGCUCGGACGUGGCGACCAUGUCAGAGGAAGAGCGUCAGCAGGCAGCGCAGCAGCUUGCGCGCGAGAUCCCGGUGGAUCACGAUGGGUUGUGGGCGUGGGAGGUCAAGUGGGACCACCUGCUAGACGAAGUUAUUGGCGAACAGCUGCAGCCGUUCGUUGAGAGGAAGAUUGUGGAAUUGCUCGGGAUCCAGGAGCAGGCCAUUGUGGAGGUUAUUCUCGAGCACAUCCGCAAGAAGGGCACGCCUCAAGCGCUCGUGGACGAGCUGUCUAUGGCACUGGACGAGGAGGCUGAGGAACUGGUCCGCAAGGUCUACCGCAUGAUCAUUUUCUUCACGGAGAGCGAGAAGCGGGGUCUUUCUGCUUGA